GGGGGGGGUCCUUAAUGCGGUUGGGGGAGGGACGGCGGAAGCAGCGCCGGGUUUUUAGGAAACAGGAGGUCACAGAUCCGGCAUUCCUGUACCGAAGAAUCUGGCGGAGGAGGAAGGUGAUUGGUUGGUCCAGGUGAAGACUCUUAGACGAGGAAGGGAGGAUGAGGGGUGAGCUGGACUUAAGUGCCCCUGAAUCAAGAGAAAGCCUUGAUGCCUCCAAGACUGAGAACAGAAGGGAACUGUGGGAUGGAACCCUGAAGAAGAGCCUGGGAGACACCAAUGUCCUCCCUCCAGACGUGCAGCGCCAGCAAUUCAGGCAGCUCUACUACCAGGAGGCCGAGGGCCCCCGAGAGGUUUGCACUCGACUCCACCAUCUUUGCCGCCAGUGGCUGAAGCCAGAAAGGCACAGCAAGAGGGAGAUACUGGACCUGGUGAUCCUGGAGCAGUUCCUGGCAAUUCUGCCACUGGAGAUGAGGAACUGGGUCAGAGAAUGUGGGCCGGAGACCAGUUCCCAGGCAGUGGCCCUGGCAGAGGGUUUCCUCCUCAGCCAGGCAGAGGACAAGAAUCAGGACCAGCAGGUACAGCAUAGAAUUACAUUGGAGGGUUACCACAGAGCAAUUUUUCCAGGAGGUGUUAUACAUUCUUGGCCAUCUCUUUGGGGCAAAGAGAAAGCAGCUUACAUGCAUCCUGGUUGGGGUCUGGUGACCUUUGAGGAGGUGUCUGUUCAUUUCUCUAAGGAGGAGUGGGCUCUAUUGAAUCAGGACCAAAGAAGACUGCACAAGGAAGUCAUGGAGGACAAUGGUCAGAAUGUGGCCUCUCUGGAGGCUGAUGAUGUUCUUCACAACAAGUCCAAGGGAGAAUAUCUUCUGUUUAAUGCAAAAGAGCAGAAAAUAAACUACAAAACAGAAUCAAAGAAGGGGAAUGAAUGUUCUGAAUCUCAGGAUGCUGAGUCCCAGGUGCCGGAAAGAAACACACUGGAGGAUUACCAGAAAACAACUUUUCCAGGUGGUGUUGUACGUUCUUUUUCAGCUCUUUGGGGUAGAGAGAAAGCAGCUUCUGGGCCACCUGCUGGGGGUCUGGUGACCUUUGAGGAGGUGUGUGUCCAUUUCUCUGAGGAGGAGUGGGCUCUGCUGGAUCUGGACCAAAGAAAGCUUCACAAGGAAGUCAUGGAAGACAAUCGUCGGAACGUGGCCUCUCUGGAAGCACUUCAGGUUUCCAAACCUGUCUCCCUAUCCCUAGUGAAAGAAGCAGGAGAUCAACUUGACCAAGACACAGAAGAAACAGAGAGAUCAGCAGAGGCUGAUGGUUCCCAGAACAAGCAUGAGGGACAACCACAAAACAUCCUGUGUGAUGGAAAAGAACAGAAGACAUACACUGGAACAGAACGGAAGAGAGGGAAUGAAUGUUCUGCUUCUCGAGGCACUGAAUUCCAGGUGUUUGAUACACAUCAAAGGAUUAAUGGAGGAGAGAAAUCUUACAAAUGCUUGGGGCAUAGAAGCUACUUAGGUUCGGAAGGAGAUAGUCCUGGAACACAGCGAUUCAGCACUGGGAAGGAACCAUACCAAUGCUUGCAGCGUGGAAUGAGCUUCACUUGGUGUUCACACCUUAUUACUCACCAACAUAUCCACACUGGGGAGAAACCAUACCAAUGCUUGCAGUGUGAAAAGAGUCUUGCUAAAUCUUCACAGCUUACUAGGCAUCAACGUAUCCACGCAGGGGAAAAACCAUACACAUGCUUGGAGUGUGGAAAGCGCUUUAAUCACAGUUCGCAGCUUACUAGACAUCAAUGUAUCCACACAGGGGAGAAACCAUACAUAUGCUUGGAGUGUGGAAAGCGAUUUAAUCGCAGUUCACACCUUACCAUACAUCAAUGUAUCCACACAGGGGAGAAACCAUACACAUGCUUGGAAUGUGGAAAGCGCUUUAAUCACAGUUCACACCUUGCCAUACAUCAACGUAUUCACAGUGGAGAGAAACCAUAUAAAUGUUUUGAGUGUGGAAAUAACUUUACUGUUUCCUCAAAGCUUACUAGACAUCAACGUAUCCACACUGGAGAGAAACCAUAUAAGUGUCUGCAGUGUGGAAAGAUCUUUGCUCGGAGUGACAGCCUAAAUAUUCAUCAAAGAAUCCAUACUGGAGAGAAACCAUAUAAAUGCUCAGCUUGUGAAAAGAGUUUUACUCAGAAUUCAGCGCUUAUGACCCAUCAGCGUAUCCACACUGGAGAGAAACCAUAUAAAUGCUCAGCUUGUGAAAAGAGUUUUACUCAGAAUUCAAUGCUUUUGGCCCAUCAACGUAUCCACACUGGAGAGAAACCACAUAAAUGCUAGGAUUGUGAAAAGAGCUUUGCUGAGUCUUCAGAGCUUACUAGACAUCAACGUAUCCACACAGGGGAGAAACCAUACACAUGCUUGGAGUGUGGAAAGAGCUUUACUCACAGUUCACAGCUUACUAGACAUAAACAUAUCUGCACUGGAGAGAAACCACAUAAAUGCUUGGACUGUGAAAAGAGCUUUGCUGAGUCUUCAGAGCUUACUAGACAUCAACGUAUCCACACAGGAGAGAAACCAUACUCAUGCUCGGAGUGUGGAAAGAGCUUUACUCACAGUUCACAGCUUACUAGACAUCAAUGUAUCCACACUGGAGAGAAACCAUAUAAAUGCCUGCAGUGUGGACAGAUCUUUGCUCGGAGGGACAGCCUAAAUAUUCAUCAAAGAAUCCACACUGGAUAGAAACCAUAUAACUGCUCAGCUUGUGAAAAGAGUUUUACUCAGAAUUCAACGCUUAUGGCCCAUCAGCGUAUCCACACUGGAGAAAAACCACAUAAAUGCUUGGAUUGCCAAAAGAGCUUUGCUCAGAGUGCACAUCUUACUGCUCAUCACCGAAUCCAUACCGGGGAGAAAUGAUAGAAAUGUUUAGCAUGUGUAGCACAGAUAUUAGCUCCCAUCAGCAUACCUUCACUGGAUCAAAGUUGCAUAAAUGCUUGGAUUGUCAAAAGCUCUUUGCUCAGAGCGACACACUGGGAAGAAACUGCAGAGAGCUAGCAAGGUAUAGGGCCGUGGUGGCGAACCUUUGGCACUCCAGAUG